CAAGCAGAGGGUGACUGCUUAAUGAACAGUUUCUGUGACCUGAACUUUUGGAUCAGCUGUGCGUAAUUACAUGAAGUUUGAGUUCAGGAUGAGAAGAUAUGAGCCCUGAAAUGAAAACAUGGAUAUUACGAGGAGGGUUUGGUCGUUCUUUCUGCAAAAAAUCGAAGAAUUUUACUCUGAAAACGAUGCUGUAAAUCUCAGAGUUUCCUAUAAUAAGUAAAUUCUAGUACAGGACUAUCAGGAUGAAAAGAUGGCAGCCAUGCUCUUACCAACGGGUCCUGAUGGCUUGCGGCGGUUCACUCGCGAAUCCCUGGCUGCCCUGGAGCAGCGGAUUGCGGAGGAGCAAGCCAAGAGCUCCAAGGAUUGCACCGAGACUCACAAGAAUGCUGAGACAACCAAACCCAGGGUGGACCUGGAGGCGGGCAAGCAGCUGCCGCGCAUCUUUGGUGACAUUCCAACAGAGCUGGUCGGGGUGCCACUGGAGGACAUUGAUCCAUUUUACUACAAGAACCAGAAGACUUUUAUAGUACUGAACAAAGGGAAGGCCAUCUUCAGAUUCAGCGCCACAUCUGCACUUUAUAUAUUAACUCCAUUUCACUUCAUCAGAUCGAUUGCCAUCAGAAUUUUAGUCCAUUCAUUGUUUAGCUAUUUCAUAAUGUUCACCAUCCUGACCAACUGUUUCUUCAUGGCCAUGUCCGAUCCGCCAACAUGGACCAAAUAUCUGGAGUACACCUUCACUGGCAUUUACACUUUCGAGUCGGCAAUAAAGAUUUUUGCGAGAGGAUUCUGUUUAGUGCCGUUUACCUUCCUCAGAGACCCUUGGAACUGGCUCGACUUCACUGUCAUUGUCAUGGCGUAUGUCACAGAGUUUGUCGACCUUGGGAAUGUCUCUGCUUUGAGAACCUUCAGAGUACUCCGUGCUCUAAAAACCAUCUCAGUCAUUCCAGGUCUGAAGACGAUAGUCGGCGCUCUGAUCCAGUCUGUGAGGAAGCUGGCCGAUGUGAUGAUCCUGACCGUUUUCUGUCUCAGUGUGUUCGCCCUCAUCGGCCUGCAGCUCUUUAUGGGCCUUCUGCGACAAAAAUGCGUCCGUAGCCUCAAUCACUGCAUCAACUCUUCAUAUAGCCCCAACACAACUUUUAUUUGCAACAACAGGACCUGGAGCUCGCCAGCAGACUUUCUCAGCAAUGAGGAUAAUUUUUACAAAGUUGAAGGCCAGAAGGAUGCUUUAAUUUGUGGAUACGGAAGUGAUGCAGGGAAGUGUCCGGAUGGAUUUGAUUGCCUCAAAGUUGGAAGAAAUCCAAACUACGACUACACCAGUUUUGAUACCUUUGGCUGGGCUUUUCUGGCACUUUUCCGCCUCAUGACCCAAGACUAUUGGGAGGAGCUCUUUCACCAGACUCUGCGCUCAGCUGGGAAAACCUACAUGGUUUUCUUUGUUCUGGUGAUCUUCCUUGGCUCCUUCUACCUGGUGAACCUGAUCCUGGCCGUUGUAGCCAUGGCUUACGAGGAGCAGAAUCAGGCAACUAUCGCUGAGGCCUGGCAGAAAGAGAGGGAGUUUCAGCUGGCCAUGGAGCAUCUCAGACGAGAGCAAAGAAUGGCAGCCAAAAGACAAGCACAGGAGACAGACUCCAUUGUGUCCCCAGAGUUGUCGCCAUUCUGUAUGAAAGCUGGAAGUAUACGCCGCAGCAACAGCAGAAGAAGAAGAUCUCACAGGACUCUUUCAGAGGAGACAGCAGCUGAAGCUGCUGAAGAGAAGCUGGAUCCUAUGGAUGAAGCUGUGCCUCCUUUAUCCCCCUUGCCAGUCCAUCCCUUUCUGGCCACACUGUCCUCUCACCCCCUCAGCACCAGGAGAGGAAGCCAGAACAGCAUCUUCAGCUCUUUCCGCGCUCGCAACAACUCAGAGGCCGACUUCGGGGACGAUGAAUACAGCAUCCAUGGAGAGGUCUUCAGGAGUCGCACUAGCUCGACUGCAACACCCUGGAAGAAGAGGACAGGCAGUAUUAGAAGCCAUUGCUCCCAGGUGUUAACUCCUAGCUUCAAUGUCAACGGCCGACUGAACAUCUUCCUUGACCAGAAUGGCAUCACCAACAUGGGUUUGCUUACUCCUACAUCCAUGCCGGCUCACAGCAUGGAGAGAUUCAGGGAAGAAACAAAGAAUGGCAGUGGAGUGGAUACAGCUCCCAGACUUCUCCUGCAGCCUUCACCCACCGCCACAGAGCGAUGCUCUGUGCGCAGGAAAAGGACUCACAGCUCUUUCAGCUUCUUUAGCGACGCCAUGGAAGAGCUGGAGGAAUCAAGACAAAAGUGCCCCCCUUGCUGGUAUGUGUUUGCCAAGAAGUAUUUGAUAUGGGACUGCUGCCCCUGGUGGCUGAAGUUGAAGGAGUGUGUGAAGUUCAUGGUGAUGGAUCCUUUCCUGGAUCUGGGGAUCACCAUAUGCAUUGUGCUGAACACUCUGUUCAUGGCCUUGGAGCAUUACCCAAUGACUGAUGAGUUCAACACCAUGCUCUCAGUGGGCAAUCUGGUUUUUACAGGCAUCUUUACAGCUGAGAUGGUUUUGAAGCUAAUCGCCCUGGAUCCCUAUUACUACUUCCAACAGGGCUGGAACAUCUUCGACGGCGUCAUCGUCUGCCUCAGUCUGAUGGAGCUGGGUCUCUCCACUGUAGAGGGCCUGUCUGUGUUGCGCUCUUUCAGACUGUUAAGAGUGUUUAAGCUUGCAAAGUCCUGGCCCACUCUCAACACUCUGAUCAAGAUCAUCGGUAACUCCGUUGGCGCCCUGGGGAACCUGACGCUGGUGUUGGCCAUCAUUGUUUUCAUCUUCGCUGUGGUGGGCAUGCAGCUAUUUGGCAAGAACUACCAAGACUGUGUGUGUAAGAUCUCCAUUGACUGCCAGCUGCCCCGUUGGCACAUGAAGGACUUCUUCCACUCCUUCCUGAUUGUGUUCCGGGUGUUAUGUGGCGAGUGGAUCGAAACCAUGUGGGACUGUAUGGAGGUGGCUGGGCAGCCUCUUUGCAUCCUGGUGUUCAUGUUGGUCAUGGUCAUUGGGAACUUGGUGGUGCUGAAUCUCUUUCUUGCCCUAUUGCUCAGCUCUUUCAGCUCUGACAACCUAUCCGCUCCUGAAGAAGAUGGCGACCUGAACAACAUUCAGAUUGCCAUCGGUCGCAUCCAAAUCGGCGUUUCUUGGCUUUCUAGGAAUAUCGUUGACUUCUUCAGCCAUGGCUUGAGAAAGCACAAGCAGAAGGCCAAAAAAGCCACCCAGGCUGAGCCGGUAGUUGGAAAUCAUAUAGAAAGCAAUGGGGGAACUAUUGGAAGCUACGGAGGAAAGUACAUCAUACCUGAAGAGGACAGUUAUAUGACCAACCCAAACUUGACUGUUAUCGUUCCCAUCGCUCCCGGAGAGUCAGACGUGGAGUUCCUGGAAGAGGAGAAUUCAGAGUCAUCAGAGGAUGAAGACAACAAACCAGAGAAGAUUAGCCUCUCAGAAGGAAGCACAGUGGAUAUGAGGAAGCCUGGAGAAGAGGAAGAUGACCUAUUGGAGCUGGAUGAUGAUAGUAUGGACCCAGAAAACUGCUUCCCUGACUUGUGUUUAAGGUAUUGUCAAUGCUGUGACAUCGACACCAGCCGUGGAUUGGGUCAAGCUUGGUGGAGGCUGAGGAAGACCUGCUACCAGAUCGUAGAACACAGCUGGUUUGAGACCUUCAUCAUCUUCAUGAUCCUGCUCAGCAGCGGGGCUUUGGCAUUUGAAGAUAUCUACAUUGAGAGGAGAAAAGUCAUUAAGGUGGUGUUGGAGUACGCUGACAAAGUCUUCUCCUACAUUUUUGUGCUGGAAAUGUUCCUCAAAUGGAUAGCAUAUGGCUUCAAGAAGUAUUUUACCAACUACUGGUGCUGGCUUGAUUUUCUCAUUGUGGAUGUGUCUCUUAUUAGUCUUGUUGCAAAUUCACUGGGAUAUUCUGACUUUGCUGCCAUCAAGUCACUAAGAACGCUCCGGGCUUUGAGACCUCUCAGAGCUCUGUCCAGAUUUGAAGGCAUGAGGGUGGUAGUCAACGCUCUUAUAGGAGCCAUUCCCUCUAUUAUGAACGUGCUGCUUGUAUGCCUUAUCUUCUGGCUCAUCUUCAGUAUCAUGGGAGUCAACCUGUUCGCUGGCAAGUUUGGGAAGUGUGUGAACAGAACAGGUUUUAUCCACAGCGUCUCAGUGGUCAACAACAAAUCAGACUGUCUUGCCAUGAAUGACACCCAGUUCUACUGGACAAAGGUGAAGGUUAACUUUGAUAACGUUGGACUCGGCUACCUUUCACUUUUGCAAGUGGCAACAUUUAAGGGAUGGAUGGAAAUAAUGAAUGCAGCCGUUGAUUCCAGAGGGGUGGAGGAACAACCCAGCAGAGAAAUCAACCUCUACAUGUACCUCUACUUUGUCAUCUUCAUCAUAUUUGGCUCCUUUUUCACCCUUAACCUCUUCAUUGGGGUUAUCAUUGACAAUUUCAAUCAGCAAAAAAGAAAGAUAAGUGGACAGGAUAUCUUUAUGACGGAGGAGCAGAAGAAGUACUACAAUGCAAUGAAAAAGUUGGGAACUAAGAAACCUCAAAAGCCAAUACCAAGACCCGCGAACCUUCUCCAAGCCUUCUUCUUUGAUCUGGUCUCCCAGCAAGCCUUCGACAUCAUGAUCAUGAUGCUCAUCAUCAUCAACAUGGUGACCAUGAUGGUGGAAACCGACGAGCAGUCGGAGCGAAUGGAGUCCAUCCUCAACAUUAUCAACCUUGUCUUCAUCGUUAUCUUCACGACCGAAUGCCUGAUUAAGCUCUUUGCUCUCCGAUGUUACUUCUUUACCGUUGCAUGGAACAUUUUUGACUUUGUGGUCAUAAUUCUCUCAAUAGUGGGGAUAGUCCUCGCUGAUAUCAUUGAGAAGUACUUUGUUUCUCCAACCCUGUUUCGAGUCAUCAGACUGGCAAGGAUAGGGCGCGUACUUCGACUUAUUCGAGCAGCCAAAGGAAUACGGACUUUACUGUUUGCCUUAAUGAUGUCCAUGCCGGCGCUGUUCAAUAUUGGCCUCCUGCUUUUCCUUGUCAUGUUCAUCUAUGCUAUCUUUGGCAUGGCAAACUUUGCCUAUGUGAAAAAACAAGAUGGGAUCGACGACAUGUUUAACUUUGAGACCUUUGGGAACAGCAUUAUCUGCCUUUUUCAGAUCAGCACCUCAGCAGGAUGGGACAACCUCCUGAGCCCCAUAAUGUCAAGCUCUCCAGAGGAGUGUGACAUUAACUUUGUCAAUACUGGCACCAAUGCUAGAGGAAACUGUGGGAACCCAUCAGUGGGCAUAGCUUUCUUUGUUAGUUACAUUAUUAUUUCUUUUCUUAUUGUGGUGAAUAUGUACAUAGCUAUAAUCCUGGAGAACUUCAGCGUUGCAACCGAGGAGAGCACAGAACCUCUGAGCGAGGAUGAUUUUGAAAUGUUUUAUGAGGUCUGGGAGAAGUUUGACUCUGAAGCCACUCAGUUCAUAGAGUUCUCGAUGUUGGAGAGGUUUGCCGAUGCUCUUUCUGAGCCGCUGCGAAUCCCGAAGCCCAACAAGAUCCAGCUGAUUUCCAUGGACCUUCCUAUGGUCAGCGGGGACAAGAUCCACUGCCUGGACAUUUUGUUUGCUUUCACAAAACGUGUACUUGGAGAGUCAGGUGACAUGGACACCCUCAAGCAGCAGAUGGAGGAGAAGUUCAUGAUGACCAAUCCCUCCAAAGUUUCCCAUGAGCCCAUCACUUCUACUCUGCGACGUAAAAUGGAGGAGGUGUCAGCAGUCAUCAUCCAGAGGUGUUACAGGAGACAUCUGGUGAGACGGCAAAUGAAGCAGGCAUCUUACCUCUACAGACAGAUCAACUAUGAGAUUGUGGUGGAUGUAGAGAAUGCUCCUGAGACAGAGGGGCUCAUAGCAUCCAUGUUUCAGCACUUUGCUCCUAUAGCGCCUCAAGGUGAACAGACAGAGGAGGACAUAAUUUUGUCCUCACCACCAUCUUAUGAUAGUGUGACUCAGGGGGCAUGCAUGAGCUCCUCUCUUACAGCCAGAACCACAUCUAGAGGCCCUGAACUCAGGGACCCAGUUGAAAACUAUGAGGAAACGUUUCUUUGAGACUUUAUGGAGACUGACUGAGUCAUCUCUGUCUGUUUAAUUUACGGUAACAUCCUUUGAUUGAACAAUAAUUCAUAUUAAACAGAUGUUUUAUAGUUUUUUAAGAUGCAGAGGAUAAUAUACAUUUUUUUA